CUCAGAGCCAGACAUUUGGAUUACUUGAAGAGCAGUUCAGUUUCGGCAAGACACCGGUUCGGUCCUUUCUGGGUGUUGGAUUGAUGGGUUCAGCCGUGCCUCAGCCGUUCCAUUUCCAGUGGGGUUUAUCAUCGAGAGUAGAAUCCACUCACGUCAUCACCACGGCAGCUUGUCUCCGCCUCAGCCACCAGCUCCGCUUAGGGUUCCACCUCUGCUCCUCCUUCAAGAAACUCUGCCAUCUGUGUAAUGUGCCUAGUUUGAAGGAUGUAUGGUCCGAAACAACUUCCAACUUCAUGGGAACUUACAAUUUUCAAUUUGCAAAUGAUGUUGUCCCUUCAUGUUCAUCAUUCGUAUGUUUCUUUAAUGGGGAAGAACAAAGAAAGGGUUUUGGAAAUGAGGGUAAUAGUGGAUCAUCCAAAAUGGAAACUUCCAGGAGAAAUUCAUUUAACAAAAGGAACUGGACCAACAUCCUUUUAGCUAUCAAUAUCUUAAUGUAUGUUGCACAACUGGCAACACAAGGGAAGCUGUUGCUUUGGGGAGCUAAGAUUAAUAAUCUUAUUGACAAAGGGCAGCUUUGGAGGCUGGCUACAUCUUCUCUUUUGCAUGCAAAUUUGGGGCACCUUAUGGUCAAUUGUUAUUCUUUGAAUUCUAUUGGCCCGACUGUGGAGAAUUUAAGUGGUCCGAGGAGAUUUCUUGCAGUUUACCUGACAUCUGCAAUUUCAAGUGCCGCUACGAGUUACUGGUUUUGCAAAGCGCCUGCAGUUGGUGCAUCUGGCGCAAUCUUUGGAUUAGUUGGUUCUGUUGCUGUGUUUGUCAUGAGGCAUAGAGGCAUGAUCAGAGAUGCCAAAGAAGAUCUGCAGCAAAUAGCACAAGUUAUUUUCUUAAACAUGGUUAUCGGGUUAAUGUCGAGAGGCAUCGAUAAUUGGGGACAUCUAGGAGGCUUGGUUGGAGGAGCAGCAAUGUCCUGGCUUGUAGGGCCUGCAUGGAAGUAUGAAUCCAUGACCAGCCAUGGCCGGAGAAUUUUCACAGACAAAGCACCACUUUCUUACCUUACUGACAGAAAACGGAAACCUCGAUAAAUCAGUGUAAGCAAGUACUGAAAAUUGUGACAGUGUGUUCUUGGCCGUUAAGGCUACGGUUUAAAUUGAUUGUAGACA